AUGAUAGCCCAGCAUAGCUGGAUAACUGUGGGUGGCAAAGGAUAUUCUGCACGGGGCAUGUAUGUUCAUCUCAAGUGGCUGCUCUUACUAUCAGGGUCUUGCAUCAAAACUGUCAAUUUCCUCACCCAUGAGGAAGAAGCCCCUGGUACCCUCAUCAGUGUUCUCUUUGACUAUGUUCAGUUUGAUUCCCAGAAUAAGGUGCCAAGCUACUUCCGCCUGAUUAUGUUCAUCAGCUCUCUGGUCCGGGUGCGUGAGGGCGACGGCCACCUGACUGUCGGGGACGCAGGCCUUGACUGCGAACGGCUGUGCGGCCAAGCCCCGCAGUGCGUGCUGGCCUUAGACUUGGUCAGCUUCUCCCAGGAGCAGUUCCGGCUGGUGCACGUGGAGGUGGAGGUGAGGGAAGUCAACGACCAAGCACCGUGCUUCCCUCGGGCCCAGAUCCCUGUGGAGGUGUCCCAGCGCACGGCGGUGGGCACGCGCAUCCCCCUGGAGGUGCUGGCGGACGAAGACGUGGGGCCUAAAGGUCUGCAGACCAUGCGCCUGACCGAGCCAAACAGCCCCUUCAGCGUGGAGCUGCAGACGCGUGCGGACGGCGCCCGGUGUGCAGAUCUGGUGCUGCUGCAGGAGCUGGACCGCGAGAGCCAGGCCGCCUACAGCCUGGAGCUGGUGGCCCAGGACGGCGGCCGCCCACCGCGCUCUGCCACCGCAGCCCUCGGCGUGCGCGUGCUGGACGCCAACGACCACAGCCCGGCCUUCCCCCAGGGCGCCGUGGCCGAGGUGGAGCUGGCGGAGGACGCGCCCGUGGGCUCGCUGCUCCUGGACCUGGACGAGGCCGACCCGGACGAGGGCCCCAACGGUGACGUGGUGUUCGCCUUUGGCGCGCGCACCCCACCGGAGGCGCGCCUCCUGUUCCGGCUCGACCCACUCUCGGGCCGCCUCACUCUGGCGGGGCCGGUGAACUUCGAGCGCCAGGACACCUACGAGCUGGACGUGCGGGCGCAGGAUCGUGGUGCUGGGCCGCGCGCUGCUACCUGCAAGGUCAUAGUGCGCAUCCGCGACGUCAACGACAACGCUCCCGACAUCUCCAUCACUCCUCUGGCUGCCCUGGGCGCUCCAGCCUCCUCGCCCUUUGCAGCCGCCGCUGUCGCCGCUGCCCUCGGGGGUGCGGACGCCACCUCGUCGGCGGGCCCCGGGACGCCUGAGGCCGGAGCCACUUCGCUGGUGCCGGAGGGGGUGGCGCGCGAGAGCCUGAUGGCGCUGGUCAGCACCUCGGACAGGGACUCGGGCGCCAACGGGCAGGUGCGCUGCGCCCUCUACGGGCACGAGCACUUUCGGCUGCAGCCAGCCUACACGGGCAGCUACCUGGUGGUGACCGCGGCGUCCCUAGACCGCGAGCGCAUCGCCGAGUACAACCUGACGCUGGUGGCGGAGGACCGUGGCGCGCCUCCGCUGCGCACAGAGAGGGCCUACACCGUGCGAGUGGGCGACGAGAACGACAACGCGCCACUCUUCACGCGGCCAGUCUAUGAGGUGUUGGUGCCCGAAAACAACCCGCCCGGGGCCUACCUGGCCACCGUGGCCGCCCGGGACCCAGACCUGGGCCGCAAUGGCCAGGUCACCUACCGUCUGGUAUAGGCCGAGGUGGGCCGCUCCGGGGACGCCGUGUUCACUUAUAUCUCUGUGGAUCCGGUCACUGGGGAGCUGCGCGCUCGACGGGGCUUUGACCCCGAGGAGCUGGCCGAACUGUCUCUCCACAGCUAUGAGGAGUCUCUUACGGUUGCACUUGGAGGAUCUGAAGGACCAUGCACCUCGCUUGGUGGCCCCACUACUCUUCAAUGAUUCAGCCCAAGUGCCUCUGGCCCCGGGACGCGCCUUUGGGCUAUCUCGUGUCCACACUGAAGGCAGAAGACAAAGGACUCCAAAGCUGAGCUGAUUUACACUCUCCUCCGGAGUGACAGGGGUCCCGGGGUAGUGGCGCUGCAGCCAAUUACAGAUGAGCUGUCCUUGCAGCUCUGCCUGUCCCCGCAGCCCUCUGGCCCCCUGACAGUGGUCAUCAUGGUGCGGGACAGGUUGGCCUACCCUGCCUUGCAUUGCCACACUGCUUCUCGUGCCCGCGGGCCCAGUGCCACCUGGCGGUAAAGUAGUGCUGGUGCCUACGCCACCGCCAAGGGAGCCAGGAAAGGGACCGGAAGUGAGAAGCACAGAGCAGGCAGACUGAGGCAGCAGCCUGACCUUUCUGUAGUCUGGGUCGGUGUCUUGGCCAGAGGCUGAAACCUUCUGCCAGUAGCCAUUGUUAGUGUGACUUGUUUCUGCCAGGGCAAGGCUAGGUCGCAGAGGAAGAAGCUUUGUGAGCGCUAGCCAAGUGGGUAUCAGGCGAGGACUGACCAAGCUGCUCCAAGUCAGAGAAAUUUAAGAGCUAAUCCUGAGGACUUCAACUGGACAUUCUUCAUGGAGUCACCGCUGUUCUCCAUUUCUGCAGAGAUCCUGAAUAUCUUUGUGUCCCUCUCCUCAGGAGAGGACUGGGAUCCCACUUGCCCAGGUAGAGCAUCUUUUGGCCUGUUAUUGUCCUCAUGAACGUUACUAGAUUUUCAUGUCGGGGGCCUCAUGAAAAUUCAAUGUCUGAUCAUGUCUGGGUCUUCAAGUGGUUAAUUUUGGGGGAGGGGACUUGUAUAGGUAC